AUGAGCGUAAAGACGAGCUUAGAAGAUCGAAAUUUAUCAGAAAAUUUAAAAUUGAAAUCAGAUUCAAAUCUUAUCAGAAAUAAGGAAAUCAUGAACACCAGAAAAUUAAAAUUUAGAUCAGAUUCAAAUUUCAUCAGAAAUAGAAAAUUCAUAUCAGACUCAAAAAUAAAAUCAAAAUCAGACCCAGGAAAUUCAGAAUUAAGAAUUAUGGAGAACAUAAAAUUUAGAUCAGACUCAGAAAUCAAAAAAAUCGCGGAUUACGUGGGUUCAGAAAAUUUUACUAAAAUUUUUUAA